CCUGCCACGCGGCCGCGGUAUAACCGCGCUGCCCUGGCGCGCGCGCUUCCCUCCCGGCGCGGGCACCGGCAGGGGCUAUGGCUGCAACUUCCCUUGUGUCCGUGUUGGCCUCUCGGCUGUUCCGCCCCGCGCAGAGCUGUUGUCUCCGCCAUCGCCCCUUCCACCUCGCUGCAGUUCGAAAUGAAGCUGUUGUCAUUUCUGGAAAGAAACUGGCCCAGCAGAUCAAGCAGGAAGUGCGGCAGGAGGUGGAAGAGUGGGUGGCCUCUGGCAAUAAACGACCCUACCUAAGCGUGAUUCUGGUUGGAGAGAAUCCUGCAAGUCACUCCUAUGUCCUCAACAAAACCAGAGCUGCUGCAGAUGUGGGAAUCAACAGUGAGACAAUUGUGAAACCAGCUUCAAUUUCAGAGGAAGAAUUGUUGAAUUUAAUCAAUAAAUUAAAUAAUGAUGAUAAUGUGGAUGGCCUUCUUGUUCAGCUGCCUCUUCCAGAGCACAUUGAUGAGAGAAAGAUUUGCAAUGCUGUUUCUCCAGAUAAGGAUGUUGAUGGCUUUCAUGUAAUUAAUGUAGGGCGAAUGUGUCUGGAUCAGUACUCCAUGUUACCAGCUACCCCGUGGGGUGUGUGGGAAAUAAUUAAGAGAACCGGUAUUCCAACCCUAGGAAAGAAUGUGGUCGUGGCUGGAAGGUCAAAAAAUGUUGGAAUGCCCAUUGCAAUGUUACUACACACAGAUGGGGCACAUGAACGUCCUGGAGGUGAUGCCACUGUUACAAUAUGUCACCGAUAUACUCCCAAAGAGCAGUUGAAGAAACAUACAAUUCUUGCAGAUAUUGUAGUAUCUGCUGCAGGCAUUCCAAAUCUGAUCACAGCGGAUAUGAUCAAGGAGGGAGCAACAGUGAUUGAUGUGGGAAUAAAUAGAGUUCAAGAUCCUAUAACUGCUAAACCCAGAUUGGUUGGAGAUGUGGAUUUUGAAGGAGUCAGAAAAAAAGCUGGUUACAUCACUCCAGUUCCUGGGGGUGUUGGUCCCAUGACAGUGGCGAUGCUAAUGAAGAAUACCAUUAUUGCUGCAAAAAAAUUGCUGAGGCUUGAAGAGCGGGAAGUGCUGAAGUCUAAAGAGCUUGGAGUAGCCACUAAUUAACUGUUGUGUCUUCUUUGUCAUGAAGAGCAUUCCAAGCCAGCUCAAGAAGCAAAGCAGGCUACUAGAAAUGCAAUAUUUUUUAUUUAUUCUACUGAAAUGGUUUAAAAUGAUGCUUUGUAUUUAUUGGAAGCUUAAAUGGGUGGGUGUUUGUGCACAUGGCUGUGCAGUACCUCACCAAGGACCAUUCCAGUAUCUUGCUGGGUCAUGUGAUCUAGCCAAGCGCAGCCAUUAACCUAGGGACUAACACGGGAGACAUCAUCACAUUGAGAAUGGAUGCUUCACUUUGUCAAGCCACCUCCGUUAAAAAUUUGCCUUUUCUAGGAUUGCAUUUCCCAAGUGCUAUUCCAAUAAGAGUUGAUACUCAUUUUAGGUUCUAAACCUUCUGAGGUCAACUGGUCAAACCAAAGGAAAAAUGUUGCUAGAGAAAAUUAGGGAAGAAGUGAAAGGGGAAAAAGGUGGUAAUUGAGUAGAAAAAAUUACUGCAAUUUGUAUGUGUAUUGAUGGAUAACCAGAUUUAUCCAAGUAGAACUGAAUUGGCUAGGAAAAAAGAAAACCUACCUGUUAGUAGUUUUCCUAAGCUGUUUUUCUGUGGCUCAGUCAGUCAUUGGGAAAAUGUUUAAGUUGUUCCAUUGGCUAUUAGCCUUCGUUUUAUGUAUGUUAUCCAUCAGUGAGGUCUCCUCAUUUUAGUUUUCUAUGACUGAAAGGCUUAUUUUAUAAAUUAUUCAUGUGUAUUAUCAUAUUUGACUUUUGCUACAUACUUAAAUUUCAUUGUUAAAUUUUUGUAUUGUUAGAGGGUAUCUAUGGUUUCUUUGGGAUAUCUUGAAACCUAUUUUUGAAAAACAAAGCUUGGGCUUGAUAAUCAUUUGGGCAGCUCAUAUAAGUAUGCAACUUACUUUUCCACCAAAGAAUUGUCAGCAGCUGCCUGCUUUUCUGUGAUGUACCCUGUUGGCUUUCCCAAAAGAUUUUUAAGAGCUUGAGUUAAUAUUGAAUUUAAUCAGACUUUCUGAUUAAAGGGAUUUUUUUUUUCCUUUUUUAAUAAAACACAUCUGUGUGGAAUGAGUUUCUGAAA